CAUUCAAUUUAAUUUCUAUCUCUCUCAUUUUCGAUUCCAUGCUCAGUCUUCACUAACAAAGAUUCCGAUUCAACGCGCCACCGUUAGGGUCGUUGUUCCAUGGCGCUAUCUGUACCCAGUUCCGUCGUUUCUCUAUUUUCUUCUCUGAUCUUCUUUCAGCUUCUUCUCCAUCGAUUCUCAUAUACCGUUUCCGAUUGAUCUCUCGUUUUCAAAUAAAUAGAGAUGCAACGGUGAAGAUAGAAGAGAGAAGCGAAAAUGUCUUCAUCUUCAUGGAACAGACAUGGCGGUGUUGUUGCUCCGAUUGCAGUUCAGCAAGCGCGGCAGGAAUUCGAGGGUUCCUAAGAUAUAUGUGGAGAAAUAUUGGAAAGGAAUAUCAAACCCUAUAUUCCUUAAAUUUCCAAAUGGUGUUCAACAAGAAAUAUUUUGGGCGGAGAGUAAUGGUGACAUUUGGUUUCAAAAAAAUUGGGAAAGUUUUGCAAAGUUUCUGAAAUAUGGAUAUCUCUUAACUUUCAAAUUCAUUGGUGGAUCAUAUUUUAAGGUUAAGAUAUUUGGUGCCAAUACUUUAGAAAUAAAUUAUGCAAAUAUCAAAUCCGUUGAUGAAGGUGCUGAAGACACAGAAGAAGGUAUAGAAAGUGAUGAAUCAAGUGAUGAUGAAGACAAUGAAGAAAGUGAUGAAGUCAGUGAUGAGAGUUCAGAUGAGGUUGAAAUACCAAAGCAAGCUCAAAGGACUAGAAAUGGCAAGAGAAAAUUCUCAGGUAGUAACAAAGUAUCCAUGGUGAAGAAGGCUAAAAAAUACCCAAUGGCACAAUCUGAAGCUGUUAAUGAGAGAGCCAAUAAUGAGAAUCCUUUUUUUGAAGUUACAAUGUCCCAUACUUACACCAAUGGCUAUUUGUUGUGGUUACCACGUGAGUUUUCAAGAGAACACUUGGAAAAUUUUAAUGGAACUGCAACAAUAAGGGUUGGUAAAGAAAGGAGUGUGGAAGUGAGUUUGAGGUAUUAUGAUACCAAAGAAAAAUCUUGUUUGGGUGGUGGUUGGAAAAUAUUCAGGGAAAAGUAUAAUUUGCAAGUUGACGAUGUUUGUAAAUUUGAGAUGAUUCAACGGAGACCGUUUUUAUUCACUGUUACUAUUACUCGUGCUGGAAAGGAACCAAUCCCAAAGAAAUUACUAGAAGGUCCUGAUGUGAUGAAGCCAUAUACAUUCAAGGUUUUGGUGAAGAACACAGCUCCGAGUGUACCAAAGGAGUUUAUGAAAAGAGGAUGUCAUGAAAAUAUUGUGGAGUUGAAAAUGGGGAGAAAGUCAUGGUUCGUAAAAGUGAACUAUUACGAGAGUAUUUGUGGCUGUAGGUUCAGUAAAGGUUGGAGAAAGUUCAUGAAAGAAUGCAAAGUGGAGAUUGGAGAUACUUGUCUCCUUAAGUUGAUUGAUGAACGAAAAUUUGUGUUUGAUGUUUCAAUUGCAGGAAAGAAUCCAUUAGCUGUUUGUUCUCCAAGGUACUAAUAACUAGAUGUUUAGUUGAAUCCAUUGUAUUCUAUUAUUGCAAACAUCUGUAUUUCAUUCGAAUAUAAGCUGUAUCGUGUCAGCCUUUGAA